AUGAGAAUGUUUCUGUUAGCGUUAGGAUUAGGACCUUGUUACACGGCCAAAAACCCUAGCCUUUUGAUCAUUCAACCCGAUCCGUCGAUGGCGAUUGAAGAAGUAACCGGCGAGACUCCUCCUCCGUCUACCUCUCCGCCUUCUUCCGCCGCCGCUGCUAGCAAAGCCGCGCCGUUGGGAUCCUCCGUGAUUCCGAUUGUGAAUAAGCUGCAGGACAUAUUCGCUCAGCUGGGAAGCCAGUCUUCGAUCGAGCUUCCUCAGGUAGCUGUAGUCGGGAGCCAGAGCAGUGGCAAGUCCAGCGUCCUCGAAGCACUCGUCGGCCGAGACUUUCUCCCGCGGGGUAAUGAUAUCUGCACGCGUCGCCCUCUCGUCCUCCAGCUCCUCCAGACCAAAAGCCGGUCCAACGGUGGAUCCGACGACGAGUGGGGGGAGUUCCUCCACCUCCCUAACAACCGUAUCUAUGAUUUCUCUGAGAUUCGUCGCGAAAUUGAGGCUGAGACGAAUAGAUUAGCAGGAGAUAACAAAGGUGUAUCAGACAAACAGAUUCGUCUAAAGAUUUUUUCCCCUAAUGUAUUGGAUAUCACGCUUGUGGAUCUGCCUGGUAUAACCAAGGUUCCCGUGGGUGACCAGCCAACAGACAUUGAAGCACGUCACAGAACAAUAGGUGUAAUUACAAAGUUGGAUAUCAUGGACAAAGGUACCGAUGCUCGUAAUUUACUUCUUGGAAAAGUUGUUCCUUUACGACUUGGGUAUGUGGGAGUGGUGAACCGUUGCCAGGAGGACAUUUUGCUAAACCGUUCAGUCAAGGAAGCACUUAGCGCAGAAGAGAAAUUCUUCCGGAGUCGUCCAGCUUAUCAUGGUCUUGCUGAUCGUCUGGGUAUCCCUCAGCUAGCGAAAAAGUUGAAUCAGAUUCUUGUACAACAUAUCAAGGCUCUGCUUCCUGACUUGAAGUCGCGUAUAAGUAAUGCUUUGGUUGCUACAGCUAAGGAGCAUCAGAGCUACGGCGAAAUUACAGAAUCCAGGGCUGGUCAAGGAGCUCUUCUCCUCAACUUUCUUUCAAAAUACUGUGAAGCAUACUCGUCAUUGCUAGAAGGGAAAAGUGAAGAAAUGUCUACGUCCGAGCUCUCUGGAGGAGCAAGAAUUCACUAUAUUUUCCAAUCAAUAUUUGUUAAGAGUUUGGAGGAGGUUGAUCCAUGCGAAGACUUGACAGAUGAUGAUAUUCGGACUGCAAUUCAAAAUGCAACUGGUCCGAGAUCCGCAUUAUUCGUACCAGACGUUCCAUUUGAAGUUCUUGUUAGGAGGCAGAUAUCUCGUUUGCUAGACCCUAGCCUUCAAUGUGCUAGGUUCAUUUUUGAUGAGCUCAUAAAGAUAAGCCAUAGAUGUAUGAUUAAUGAGUUACAGCGCUUCCCUGUCCUGAGAAAGCGCAUGGAUGAGGUUAUCGGGGAUUUCCUGCGAGAAGGCCUUGAACCCUCAGAAGCAAUGAUCGGGGAUAUCAUUGAUAUGGAGAUGGAUUACAUAAAUACUUCUCAUCCAAAUUUUAUUGGUGGAACCAAGGCCGUGGAGGUUGCAAUGCAACACGUGAAGUCUUCUAGGAUUCCCCAUCCUGUGGCACGACCAAAGGAUACAGUGGAGCCUGAUAGAACAUCUUCAUCUUCCGCAAGUCAGGUGAAAUCUCGAUCUUUUCUCGGCAGACAAGCUAAUGGAAUUGUUGCUGAUCAGGGAGUUGUAUCUGCAGAUGCUGAAAAAGCUGCACCAACUGCAAAUGCGAGUGACUCAAGGUGGGGUAUCCCUUCAAUUUUUCGAGGGGGUGAUAAUCGGGCAGUUACCAAAGAGAACUUCUUAAACAAACCAUUCAGUGAAGCUGUUGAGGUUAUGUCUCAGAACUUAUCGAUGAUCUAUCUAAAGGAGCCCCCAGCUGUCUUGAGGCCAUCUGAAACCCAUUCAGAACAGGAAUCAGUCGAGAUUGAGAUAACAAAGCUGUUACUUAAAUCAUACUAUGACAUUGUAAGGAAGAAUAUUGAGGACUCGGUACCAAAAGCAAUCAUGCAUUUCCUGGUAAACCACACGAAACGUGAGCUGCACAAUGUCUUCAUCAAGAAGCUUUACAGGGAGAACUUAUUUGAAGAAAUGCUGCAAGAGCCAGAUGAGAUAGCAGUUAAGAGGAAACGCACCCAGGAGACUCUCCACAUUCUUCAGCAAGCUUACAGGACACUAGACGAGCUUCCUUUGGAAGCAGAAUCAGUGUACAAUCGUGGUACCGAUUCAACAGCUGCGUCAAAACAUCUGGACUUGGCGUCAUCUUCGUCGAUGUAUUCCAAGAGCAGUUCAUACUCGGGAUCUCCCGGUACAGGAAGAAGAUCCAGAAGAACAGGAGAUCAACACCAGAACGGAUACGGAUUCUAACAUGAUCCAAAAUCGAUAUCUCUGACUGUGAUAAGUGAUAACGCAUUUCAUUCAUUUAAUGGCUCUAUCAGGUUUUGGUAAUGAUUAAAAAAUUAUGUGUUGUCAAAAUGAAGAAAUUAUAUAGGAAAUUGGGAUGCAAUGUCGGUUUUUCGAGUCUGCAUUUUGACUGUUAAGAGAGAAGUGUGAGGGGGAGUGAAGGUGAUGAUAGUAUAGUUUCUAUUUGUUUCAAAUGCUCCCUGCAACAACAAUAUCGGGAAGCAAACCCUUUUUCACACUUUUAUUUCUUGGGUUGGGUUUAAUCAAUAAGUGAUAUUACAGGAUCGGUCCAUACGACCUUAUAACUUGUGCCUUGUGGUCUUUUUUUGUUUAUCUUUCGUGCAACUGCACGAGAUUUCGUAACAUUUCUCUUUAUAUAUAUAAUAGUCACAAAUUACUUUAAGGUUAUUCUUGAAUUAUAUCAAGAUGCUUGAAGUUGAGAUGACAUGAUACGUUUGGUUUGGAAUUUGGAUGACCACAUAAACAAAUCCAAAAUCCGAUACGUUAUCCACUUCACUCACUUACUAACAGCCAAAAGACGACUUUACUAAGUCUUUGGUUCAGAAGAGACACAUGUGCCUAUAACAAAUCAGAGAUCAGAACAAAAUCCGUGAAAGAAGUCAUGAUGAGUUCAGAGGAAAGUGUUCUGUCGAGGAAUUUGCUGCAAUUGUAAGGACAACUCUAAGGUUAAAGCGACAAGAAAGUAAUCACAUUAAACUUCAACAAGUAUUACAUUACAUAUUAUUAACAGACAAAGAGAGAUUUUGAAAAAGUUAAAACUUAAUCGAUGCAUAUAAUGGUCGGGUCGCAGCAACAUUCAUCCACAAAGCAGCAACAACACAUAGCCGCAAGUCUUCCUUCUAGAAAACCAAGUUUUCGCUUUGGAGGUGGCGGUGGCGGAGGCGGAGGCGGAGGCGGAGGAUAAUACUGCGGUGGUACUCCAACCGGAGGCGGCGGCCCAUGCGGGUAAUGUCCCGGUGCAGGAUAAGGAUAUGCAUACUUCGGUUCGCUCAUGUUUUUGCUAGAAGAUCAAAUUACCCGAAAACUAAAUAAACUGUAGUGUUUUUUUUUUAAGUGGCAAAUUUUUUAAAAAAAAAUGGAAACAGAGGAAAUAAUAGUGGAGAGAGAACACGGAUUGCAGUCUUUAGAGCGCAAGUAGGGGGCUUUUGUCGACGUGUAUUUAUA